AUGCCUAACAUUGAGAACCUGCAGCAUCUUAUUUCCAAUCACCCGGUUAUCGACAGUCACUGCCACAAUAUACUAAGUCAAAUCAGCGUGACCAAUUACGACCAGUACCCCCUCGAGUCACUAACCUCUGAAGCAAACGGCGAAGCGUUGUCUAGCCAUGCUACAGAAACCAUUGCUCACCAGCGAGCUGUUGGUCAGCUGGCAAAAUUCUAUAAUUGCGACCAGAAUUGGGAGGCUAUCAAGAUAGCUAGGCAACGAGAAAUUAAAGAAGAUUACGAGGGCUUGGUAAAACGCUGUCUGGCCGGAACACAUGCGUUAUUAAUCGACGAUGGCCUAACUGAUGAUCAAGAUACGGAAUCUGUUUCGUGGCAUGAUAGUCUUCUACCAGGUAUAGCGAAUCGACUGUUGCGCAUCGAGGCCGUUGCGGCAAAGCAAAUGGAGCAGUAUGCUGAGAAAAUCCGUUCCGCGCUCCACGCAGAUACCUUCAGGUCUAGCCCGCCUCUCCCGUUUGAUCUGGGAUACUUUCAAGAGGAAUUUAAACAUGCCGUUAUUGGAGCUCUGGACGAUCCUAGCAUAGCCGGUUUUAAAUCGGUGAUCUGCUAUCGAACAGGAUUGAAAAAUAUUGAACCACCUUCACAAGAACAGCUUAUUGACAGCUUCGCAGCGCAGCUCAAUUCAAUUAUUCACCAUGGAAACAGCCGUAUUUGCACCAAGGCUCUCAAUGAUUACCUUGUUCGUACUACCCUUCAAUGUAUUCAGGAACGAUGCGGAACAGAGACGAUCAAACCAAUUCAGUUUCAUACUGGACUAGGAGACGCCGACAUCACACUAGAAUUAUCGAACCCUGCGCAACUUCAAAGUCUUAUCGAAGAAUUUCCAAACGUCGACUUUGUGUUACUGCACUCAUCGUACCCAUAUACUCGAGAGGCUGGGUACUUGGCCUCUAUGUACAAAAACGUCUACCUCGAUCUUAGCCUAGUAUUUCCUGUACUUAGCAGAGAUGGGCAGCUUUCAAUAUUGCGCCAAUCCUUGGAAUUAGCCCCCACAUCCAAAAUUCUAUGGAGUACCGAUGGCCAUUUUCACCCUGAAACCUACUGGCUCUCCAAUAGACAGUUCAGAGAGGCAUUGAAUGUUAUUUUAGUAGAAUAUGUGGAAAGGAAUGACUUCACUGUUUCAAAAGCAAUGGGUGCCGCCAAAGACAUCAUGUUUAGGAACUCUAAUCAAUUAUACCAACUAAACCAGACACUUACGUAUGAGGAGCAAGGCAGUUUUCAAGCUUUUAAGCUACCCGUAACCCCUAGCAGCAACAUCUCCAUUUUGGAGCUGUUUUUGAAAAUGAAUUGUCACGUUGAAUUUAUUUGGGUUCUGCUUGUGGAUUAUACUGCCACUGUUCGCGUCCGCAUGUUUCCCUGCCGGGAGUUUUCAAGGUUGAUACAGAAACAGCGCAGAGCCGGUAUCGCUAUGGCAUUAUUAAAUAUGCUACAAAACGACAGUAUUGUACCUCCAAACCCAUUAUCAGCCGGUGAAUUUUAUCUGAUACCGGACCUAAAUACCUUGAAUAUUAACCUUGGAAUAAGGUCUAAUAGCGCUACUGUCAUGACGUUUUGGGAGACGCAGGAUGGCAAACCCCAAGAAGGCUGCCCACGAACAAUACUCCAAAAUUUAACCCUUAGGUUUGAGAAGGAGUUUGGUCUCAAGUUAUUAUGUGGUUUUGAGAUUGAAGUCGUAUUCAUGAAGAAAUUCAUGUCUAAUGACGGUCAAUGUGUUUACGAACCCUGGCUCUCAAACCAUUCGUGGUCAAACAUGACAUCUGACACUCGCCAAGCUCUCCCCCUAAUUGAGGAAAUUGUUCAUGAACUUGCGAAAAUUCAUAUUUACAUUGAGCAAUUCCAUUCAGAAUCCAGCCCGGGCCAGCUCGAAUUCAUUCUUCCCCCAGCUUCACCGCUGACUGCCGCAGAUACACUCAUUAAAGCCCGGCAGACUAUCGUGCACUUGGCAGAGAAACAUGAUCUGCGCGCUACCCUCUAUCCUCGCCCUUUUUCUUCUGCAGCCGGGACAGCGGCACACGUUCAUAUCUCAAUUAAUCCAGCAACGAAGGAAGAGUUUUUCCUCGCCGGUUUAUUGAAGCAUUUUCCUGCUGUAUUGCCUUUCACAUUCCCACAGGAUGCAAGCUACGAGCGUGUUAAAGAAGGAAUAUGGGCCGGAGGCGUGUGGGUUGCCUGGGGGCAGCAGAAUCGCGAGACUCCAAUCAGAAGGAUUGAUCCGGGCCACUGGGAAAUCAAGUCAAUGGAUGGUUUGGCGAACCCGUACUUGGGUGUUGCCGCCCUCCUAGCCGCUGGUUAUUUGGGCCUAAAAUCUAGCACAAAGUUAGAAAUACGAAACUGCACAGCUGACCCAGCGACUCUCUCCCCUGCACAAAGAGAAAAGCUGGCAAUUCAAACGCCGCUGCCAAGUUCACUUAAUUCAGCACUUGAUGCUUUGGAGGCCGAUUUGGACAUCCAGGAUGUCUUAGGCACCGGUUGGGUUAAGAGGUAUAUAGGAGUUCGUCGAGGCGAGCAGAACAUGCUGAACAUGAUGAACGAAAACGAGAGAAGAAAGUGGCUAAUUACGCGAUAUUGA